CAACUUUUUAAUUAUUAAAUGAUUUAAUUUUUGUAACAAUCUGAAUAAAUUUAUUUGUGUUUUAAAUUUAUAAUCAGUAUGUCCGACUAUGAUAAUCGUAGAUGGAGUCAUUUGAAGAAAAUACUUGAACGCUCUAGUCCAUUUUGUCAUCCCGAUUUUGAACCUGGCACUGGCAUUUUAGAUUUUCUUCAAAAUGCAUGUAGAAUACUUGUCGUUGGUGCUGGUGGAUUGGGUUGUGAGUUACUUAAAGACCUUGCAAUGAUGGGAUUUGGAGAUGUACAUGUUAUAGAUAUGGAUACAAUAGACUUAUCUAAUUUAAACCGUCAGUUUCUGUUUCGUAAGAAAGAUGUCAACAGUUCCAAAGCAGAAGUUGCAGCUAGAUUCAUUAAUAAACGUGUACCUACUUGCCGUGUUACACCUCAUCAUUGUAAAAUACAAGACAAAAGCGAAGAUUUUUACAGGCAAUUUCAUUUUAUUGUAUGUGGUCUUGAUUCUGUGGUUGCACGUCGUUGGAUAAAUGGUAUGGUUGUGUCUUUGUUGUCGUAUGAUGAAAAUCAGCAACUUGAUAAUUCUACUGUAAUACCAUUGAUUGAUGGUGGUACUGAAGGUUUCAAAGGCAAUGUUCGUGUUAUAUUACCUGGAAUCACGCCAUGUAUUGAUUGCACUCUCGAUUUAUUUCCUCCGCAGGUAAGUUGUUUAUUCUAGUAUGAUAGACGUGAAAAAUA